AAACGUGCACGCCUUGUCUUUGAGUAGAAAGCUACCGGAAGACGUCCAAAUACGCUUUUGGAUACCUUCUAGUGAAGGCAUAAAUCUGUUUGUGAACCCAGACAAGCAGCCGGUGAACUUCAAGUGAUUCAGGUCGAAAGCGAGUUGACCCGAGAGACACAUAGGAUUAGGAUCAUAUUCGUCCUAUCCGUGACUAGAAAAGGGGGUGUAUUCAACGUAUAAACGAACGACUUGAAGAGUUGAACAUAGCCGUCUUGCCAACUACAACACGUCUGGAAACUGUGAGGACUUCUACUAGCCAUGGCUGUGAACAUACCAGGCAUCAUCGCCAUCGUGGUCUUCUACCUGCUCAUCCUCGGGAUUGGGCUGUGGGCGGCCCGAAGGGGAGCCCAGAAGAACCCGGACGGGCCCGAGAGCGAAGAUGUCAUGCUGGCGGGAAGGGACAUCGGUCUGGUGGUGGGCAUGUUUACCAUGACAGCAACUUGGGUGGGAGGAGGCUAUAUAAACGGAACAGCGGAAGUGAUCUUUGACCCUGCGCAGGGAUUUAUCUGGUGUCAGGCGCCUUUUGGGUAUGCCAUCAGUCUCGUCAUAGGAGGACUUUUCUUCGCCAAGAAGAUGCGGGCAGCGGGAUACGUGACGAUGUUGGACCCGUUCCAGCAGCGGUACGGAGACAGAAUGGGCGGGCUGCUCUUCAUCCCCGCUCUGCUGGGGGAAGUCUUCUGGUCCGCCGCCAUAUUGUCCGCUCUGGGAGCGACGCUGAAAGUUGUCUUGGAGCUGGAGAUUAACACGGCAGUCAUCAUCUCAGCAGCCAUUGCCGUCUUCUACACCUUAUUUGGGGGGCUGUACUCAGUGGCUUAUACUGACGUCGUACAGCUUAUUUGCAUAUUUCUAGGUCUGUGGCUCUCUAUCCCCUUCGCCCUGACGAAUCCCCUGGUGACGGAAAUCGGGAACACCACCCUGACACGGCUCCUGUACACACCUGUAAACGCCUCCGUCUACAACAGAACCUUCAACGAGACAGAGACGACGGGCUGGUACGGGACGUGGGACACCACGUACACAGGGGUGUGGAUUGACUUCGCCCUGUUACUGAUGUGUGGAGGAGUUCCGUGGCAGGUGUACUUUCAGCGUGUGUUGUCCUCCAGAUCAGCGGGCCGUGCGCAGUUCCUGUCGUUCACCGCUGCGAUUGGCUGCGUCAUCAUGGCCAUUCCCGCUGUCCUGAUUGGUGCGAUUGGAGCCUCCACAGACUGGCCAGAAACAAGCUACGGCAAGGAUCCUGCCGUUGAGGGAGAAGCCGGUCUGAUUCUUCCUCUGGUCCUGCAGCACCUGACUCCGACGUGGGUGUCGUUCUUCGGACUUGGCGCUGUGUCAGCAGCCGUCAUGUCGUCUGCAGAUUCCUCCAUCCUGUCAGCGAGCUCCAUGUUCUCCAGGAACGUGUAUAAGCUCGUCUUCCGCCAGAAGGCGUCUGAGAAGGAAAUCCUCUGGGUGAUGCGUGCGGCCAUUUUUGUGGUGGGAGCGCUGGCGACUGUCCUGGCACUGACUAUAGACAGUAUCUACGGGCUGUGGUUCCUGUGUUCGGACCUGGUGUUUGUGAUCCUGUUCCCCCAGCUGAUCUGCGUGGUGUACCUGCAGUUCACCAACACGUACGGCUCUCUGUGCGGCUACAUCGUGGGGAUGAUUCUCAGGUUAUGUGGAGGGGAAACGAUCAUUGGUCUUCCGCCAGCCAUCAAAUACCCGUACUUCGAGGAGUCGACGAACACCCAGCUGUUCCCGUUCCGUACCCUGGCCAUGCUGUGCAGCUUCAUCACCAUCCUGCUGGUGUCCUUCAUCACGGAGAGGCUGUUUAAGGGAGAAGUCAUCCCCAUGAAGUUCGACAUCGCGGGAUGCUACAGUCCGGACAGGGCACAGAACGGACCCAAGGCGACGGAAGUGGCGAUGAACGACGCCGGAUAUCCGGAAACCGCAUUUCCGCCAGAUGGGAGAUACACUCCAUAUGAUACCUCCAAGCUGUAAAUAACACAUUGUUCUUGAGAGUCAUGAUGUCUUUUUAAACUAUUUAGAUGUUUGAACUGUAUACAAAUACUUUGACACAAUCAAAACGGUUUGAUUUAUAAGGCUCUGAUGUACGUUACCUGAUUACCUCACGGUAAACAAAUUGUUCAACAUUCCCGAUUAAUAGUACUAAUAAAAGAUAUCCACAGUUGCCAAUCAACUGUUUGAUAGCUACCUAUAUUAUGUGUUCCCUACAAGAGUUGCAGAUGACAUCCUAGACAUAUAUUAUUAGUCUAUUUAAGGUAAAUACGUAGUCGGUUGAUAAAACGAUGUAUCAUAUUGUCUAAAAUGUGUCCAGAAUACAGGGACCAAUAUGUAAAAUCGGAUUUCACUGCUGUUAUUUUUAUUAGUAUACAUUUGAAGCCCGGGGAAAAAAACAUGGCGUAGCACACCGAGUUUGUACUGAACAGUACAAGCUGCAUAUGAGGACAGACAUAUUUUAUCCACUCACACCGAGAGGGUCUCCUACUGUUUUCCAUAAGUGUUGAGGGUUCUUUUACGUCCUCAAGGUACAGGAACCCUUAUUUAACGUCAUAUAAAAGGGACGUCCCUAGCCGCAGUAAAGUAGUGAUUAUUAUUGCAGUGAAGUAGGGACAGUCGUGUAGUGUUUUCCCAAGGGCACAAAGUCAAUCCGGUUGUCAGGAGAUUCGAAACAAGAUCCUCCAGUGUCUAGACCAAAUACCCUACCAUUACACCAGGACGAUGCCACUGGGACCAGUGUUAAUUCUGUCCCACAAAUACAUCAUAUCAGGCAGAUUUUACAGAGAUUGUGUGCCUUGGUACAAUGGAAGCCAGUUAAUUGCACAGCGGAUAACUGCACACUUCUGUUAAUUGCACGAAAUCCCAAAGUCCACUAGUGAUGUGGCCCAGCUGAAUAACUUCGCAUUGUUGCACCAUCCGGAUAAUUUUACAAAAUGUACUGGCAAACGGGGAGUGCAAUUAAACGGCUUCUACUGUAUAUGACAUUACGUCCUCACCAAUCAUACUGGUAACAUUGAUUCUGCUCAUAUCGUGCAGAAAUUUGUUGUCCUUUUUCUCUUUUCUUGUUAGUGAAAGGGUUUGAACUAACUCACCGUUCUGGUAUAAGGUGUAUUUGACACUUACAUGACUCGUUCUAUGGUUUUAGAAUUUUAUUUAUCUUGUAGAAUAUGUAAUCUGUAACAUUUUCCUUAUCAGAAACCAAGUAGUCAAAACAGAUGAAAGAUAGCAAAUGUAUUUUAUUUUGUUACCAGGAAAGUUUGUAUGAUAUAGAUGAAGUUUGGUAGCCUAACGAAUAGGGACAUUAGGAUUAUCAAUUUAUCAACUUUUUUCCCUUGAAAUAUGUAAAAAAAAAUGUUAAGGCUCUAACACUGUAACCAAACUCCAAAAUAGGUUCGAUUAUGAAACUUCAUUGUAUUUGAUAUGGCGUUAUGUAUUCAAUGUUACAUUUCUCUAUAUGUUAUCAAAGCAACUACUUACAGAUGGACAUUUGGUUUUGCUUGCCUAAAGUAAUAUAAACUCUAUAUGUUAUAUAGCAUUACGUACUGAAGGAAUAUAGAGACAAUCAUGUGAACACAUAAUAGGAAAACCCUCACGGCUGCUGUUUUCAAGGAUAAAGGUAACGCUAGUUUACCUUUAUUCGCGGGAUGACCUUUAUCCGUUGUCUUUAAAAACAGCACAUUUAGGAGUAUCAAAUCUGCUGAAUGUGGUUUUUAAAUUUGCAAUAUUUUCAAAAUGCUCCGAUUUUAAACCACUGUCCGCCGACUUUAUAUCCCUAAAUACGCCUUUUUUUAUAAACAAAGGAUAAAGGUCACCCUCGGAUAAAGGUGAACCAGCGUUACAUGUGUAACCGGUCACAUAUGUGACGUAUGUAAAUACACUCAAAUAAGGAAAUACAUCUGAUAAUAUUUAGACCUUAGGACCAGCAGUUUAAUUGAUACGUUAAAUCCAACAUAUCGAUUCGUUAAUAUACUUGUAACGUUACGCAGGUUAAUUCAUUUGUAUCGACUUACUUACGUGCUUGUAAAUAAAAGUUGCAGUAGACCUUA